AGGAAUGCGUCAUUCUUGGUCGCAGUCGUAAUCAGCUCACAAGAGAAAUCAUCGAAGCAAAGGCUAUCAUUGGUCUGGGCCAUGCAUGUGUAAGCUCACCUUCAUUAUCAUUAUCAAACAAUGAAUUGGCGUAUCUCCGACUGCAGCCACAGGCUGUCUGAAUGUUACCACUUGGUUACUAUCGGUUUUGUUGCUUCAUGUCUUUGUUAUCUCCUGAUGUCAUAUGGUUUGCCGAGUGUAUAAGUAGUCUCGUGUCACGAAAUAUACUGUCAGUUGGAAGUUAGCGCUCACUCUGUUUCCCGUUCCCUUUGAUUACCCCUACCUUAUUCCUUUUUUGCUCUUCCGAGCUGCGCUACAAGCAUAAAACAGUCAUGACAUACCAACUCGCCCGAAACUGCCACGCUUUUGGCCAAAUCGAUGCACGUACGCCGCUGGAUGGUCGGUCGGGCCGGACCGGUGUGGCAUCGCAAGGGAUAUGCCUGCAAUACAGAACGCAUAAAUCGCUCCCUUUUCGGUAACGACGCAUGCACAUUGAAUCACGACAACAGGGCUAGUGUCAUCGCAGCUCAUUCACGCAAAGUACUUCGCCAUCGUGCAUCCGCUGUGCGGUCGCCUGUCCCGGUGGCGUUCGGUGACCAUCAUCGGGGCGCUCUGGGGCUGCUCGGCGCUCCUUUCUCUGCCCCCGCUGCUGUACUCGCGCACGCUCUCGUACCGCUACGCCGACGGCAGCGUGCGCACAGUGUGCAUCCUCGUCUGGCCCGACGGCCCACCGUACGCAUCCUACGACGACUACGUCUGGACGUGGCCAGUGCCGUGAGCAGAAGCGUGCCUCGAAUCGAAAUCUCAGCGUCUCGCAACGUUGCCGGCGUUGCCCCUUUGCUCAGCACUGGACAAGGAAGGGAUAAAUGCCGCUUUCGGAGAUACAAUGUGCUGUUCCUGGUCCUGACAUACGGCGUUCCCGUGACCACGCUGGCUCUCACGUACUGGCGCAUGAGUUUGGUGCUCUGGGGCGAGCAGUGCAUCGGCGAGUUUACGCGGCAGCAGGAGAACGCCCACCGCAGCAAGCAGAAGGUGGUGAAGAUGCUGUUCACCGUGGUGCUCCUGUUCGCCGUGUGCUGGCUGCCGUACCACGCGUACUUCCUGUACGUGUCGCACAACCCACACGUGGCCUACCUGGACCACAUCCAGCACGUGUACCUGGCAAUGUACUGGCUCGCCAUGUCGCACGCCAUGUGCAACCCCCUCAUCUACUACUGCAUGAACAAGAGGUUCAAGGCCUACUUUCGCGCCUUCAUGUGUGGCUCCUGUUCCUCCAAGCCCACCAGGGAAAAUGAGCGGAGCGACAGUCCGGUCCGCCUGAGGACAUUGCGUUGCGGUUCCGCAAAGUGGACACAGAGCUUUACCCUGAAGAGCGGCCUGAAAUGCCCAUCGCCCACUGAGAAGCGUGAAAGACGUCACUCCUGUAGAGCACCGCCACUCGUAGCUGCGGACGAUGGUCGCGGCUGACAUCGGCGUGAAGCAGGCUGCUGUACCGACGUACGACUGCAGGCUACUUGUGCCGGAGCCAAUUUUCUGCCUGUGCUCACCGCACCGGCCUGUACUGCACAGCUCAAGUCCGCCUUGUAGCCACUGACGACGGUUAAUAAAGAAAACGAUGAAG